CCAGGUUAUAGGUCAUGCAAAGAUGGCGAGCACCAUGGACUUUUCCCCCGGUGGUGCCGAAGACGAUUUCGACGACGACGAUGAUGAUGGAUUUAUCCUAGGCUGUGACAACAAUCAUAUAAAUUAUGACCAUCCAAAUGCUUCACAGUGGAGCAAUGGAGAUGUAAAUACAAACAAUAAUUUUCAACAGCCAGAUAAUGUUGGGAAAGGUGGAUUUGGAGCACCUCAAAAGAAAGCUGCUCAGAAAAAUGUCCCAGAUAAGGCUAACCAGAAGAGGCCAGUCAACAGAAAACUAGGUGUUGAUGAUUUCAGAAUGGCUAUCACUAGAGGAAAUAUGGAUGUCAUCACAGAAUCUGUUGCUAAUGGUUUUGAUGUUAAUACUGUAUUGAAAUGUGGUUGGACUGGAUUGAUGUAUGCAGCCAAUUCAGCUAACAAGCAGAUCGUAGAAUUUUUGGUGAACAAAGGAGCCAAUGUUAAAUGUCAUCAUGAUAUGUUUAAUGUACUGAUGGCAGCAUGUUCAUCAACAAACAGUAAUCAAGAAAACGUAUUGUCCUGUGUAACAAUACUUAUAGGUGCAGGGGCAGAUGUUAACAGUCAUGAUAGGUACCACAUGUCGCCAUUGAUUUAUGCUGCCAGGGAAGGGAGAGAACUUGUAGUAAAAGAAUUAUUAGAAUGUAGUGCAAAUGUUAAUAAACAAGAUAGUCGAGGCUGGUCUGCACUGAGUUGGGCUGUUAGUAAAAACCAUGUGAAUGUUGUGAAGGCUUUGUUAAAACGUUCGCCUGAUAUGAGUAUAAAACAAUGUGAUGGACAAACACCUUUGGAUCUAGCUGUCUCACAACAAAAUGAUGAGCUGGUAGCAUUGCUUGGAGGAGAAGCAAAAUCAAACCAUAUAGAAGUUACGUUAGAGUCAAUGGAAAUCAAAGAGCUUGUGUAUGAUGAUGAAAUUUAUGAUGAACUUGGUAUUGACCAACAAUCUGUGGUAAAGUAUGGAGAAAUGGAAUUAUUUUUGUGUGGUUUAGACUUAAGUCGUUACAUAAGCUUGUUUCAGCGGCAACAUCUAGACUUUACCACAGUAUUGCAUAUGACAGACGAGGACUUGAUAAAGAUGGGUAUUCAUCAAAUUGGUGUAAGAAAGAAGAUAUUGGAUGGUAUUAGAACUGUUCAUAAGAAAGAAUGGGAGACAACAAGUCUCCAACAAGUACAAUACAACAAACAGAUAAGCUGUGCUGAAUCUAUUGCCAUGGUAGCUAACAUCAGUAAACAUUGUAAAUAUAUUGGAAGCACAACUGGAUAUAUAAGGGACCAGAUUUUAAAGAAUCCAGAAAUUCUAGAUGUUCAGGAUGGGACAGGACCUGAAUUACUCUUACAACAUACAGAUGAUACAAUGAAAAAUGUACAGUCGCUAUAUACAGAACUACAGAAACUUACCAGAACUUUAAACUUGCAAUUGAAAAGAAAAGACUUUAGUCCUCCAGAUCUCGUUACUUUAAAGAAGAAGAAAAGUGGUUUUAGAAAAAGACGAUUAGUAGGUGUAUGUUGUGUGACCUUUAUAGUAGCACUAGCCUGGUGGAAAAAACAACCUAUAUUGGACUUUAUAUCACAGUAUGAUCCAGUCAAUAUAGUUUAAUACAUUAAUUUUAGUUUCACAACCCUGUACAAAUGAAGUUAUAAGAUAGAAGGAUAAGAUUUGCAGCAUAAGUGGGACCAACGCUUUUUCAUAAACCUGCCAAAUUUGUUUUCAUGAUCAUGUCAAGAUAGUGUGUUUGUAGAGUGUGAUAGUUUUAGAAGGAAGUUGUUUAUUUUGUUUUAGUGAUUGGAAUGUUUAUUUUCACAAUCGUUAUAUUUUG